AUUUAUUCAGGCGAGUGUGUAUUUGGGGCGGCGUGCAGGGGGCUGACAAAGACCGGAGAGCUCCCGGUGCGGCCGCCGGCGGAGCGAAGACUGGAACCCGUAUGAGCGCCCCCCAGCGCCCCUGAGCGCUCGCCGCCAGUGCACGGCCCACCCCGCCGGAGGCAGGGAUCAGCAAAGCCGUGCGCCCCGAGGCCCGCCCCCGUCUCCGCACAAAGACCGAGCUGGAGGAUCUUCAGAAGAAGCCUCCCCCAUACCUGCGGAACCUGUCCAGCGAUGAUGCCAAUGUCCUGGUGUGGCACGCUCUCCUCCUACCCGACCAACCUCCCUACCACCUCAAAGCCUUCAACCUGCGCAUCAGCUUCCCGCCGGAGUAUCCGUUCAAGCCUCCCAUGAUCAAAUUCACAACCAAGAUCUACCACCCCAACGUGGACGAGAACGGACAGAUUUGCCUGCCCAUCAUCAGCCGUGAGAACUGGAAGCCUUGCACUAAGACUUGCCAAGUCCUGGAGGCCCUCAGUGUGCUGGUGAAUAGACCGAAUAUCAGGGAGCCCCUGCGGAUGGACCUCGCUGACCUGCUGACACAGAAUCCGGAGCUGUUCAGAAAGAAUGCUGAAGAGUUCACCCUCCGAUUCGGAGUGGACCGGCCCUCCUAACUCAUGUUCUGACCCUCUGUGCACUGGAUCCUCGGCACAGCGGACGGACACACCUCAUGGACAGAGGCCAGAGCCCCCUGUGGCCCAUUCCCCAUUCAUUUUUCCCUUCUUAGGUUGUUAGUCAUUAGUUUGUGUGUGUGUGUGGUGGAGGGAAGGGAGCUGUGAGUGUGUGUGUUGUGUAUGGACUCACUCCCAGGUUCACCUGGCCACAGGUGCACCCUUCCCACACCCUUUACAUUCCCCAGAGCCAAGGGAGUUUAAGUUUGCAGUUACAGGCCAGUUCUCCAGCUCUCCAUCUUAGAGAGACAGGUCACCUUGCAGGCCUGCUUGCAGGAAAUGAAUCCAGCAGCCAACUCGAAUCCCCCUAGGGCUCAGGCACUGAAGGCCUGGGGACAGUGGAGCAUAUGGGUGGGAGACAGAUGGAGGGUACCCUAUUUACAACUGAGUCAGCCAAGCCACUGAUGGGAAUAUACAGAUUUAGGUGCUAAACCGUUUAUUUUCCACGGAUGAGUCACAAUCUGAAGAAUCAAACUUCCAUCCUGAAAAUCUAUAUGUUUCAAAACCACUUGCCAUCCUGUUAGAUUGCCAGUUCCUGGGACCAGGCCUCAGACUGUGAAGUAUAUAUCCUCCAGCAUUCAGUCCAGGGGGAGCCACGGAAACCAUGUUCUUGCUUAAGCCAUUAAAGUCAGAGAUGAAUUCUGGA